AUGGAGGGCGCAGGGCCCCGGGGGGCCGGGCCGGCGCGGCGCCGGGGAGCCGGGGAGCCGCCGCUGCCGUCGCUGCCGCCGCUGCUGCCACCACUGCUGCUACUGCUGCUCUGGCUGCUGCCCGGCCCCGCGGCGCCCCAGGAGCUGAACCCGCGCGGCCGCAACGUAUGCCGUGCGCCCGGCUCCCAGGAGCCCAUGUGCUGCACCGGCUGGAAGCAGCAGGGGGACGAGUGUGGGAUCGCGGUGUGCGAAGGCAACUCCACGUGCUCGGAGAACGAGGUGUGCGUGCGGCCGGGGGAGUGCCGCUGCCGCCAUGGCUACUUCGGUGCCAACUGCGACACCAAGUGCCCGCGCCAGUUCUGGGGCCCCGACUGCAAGGAGUUGUGUGUCUGCCACCCGCACGGGCAGUGCGAGGACGUGACAGGCCAGUGUACGUGUCACGUGCGGCGCUGGGGAGCACGCUGUGAGCAUGCGUGCCAGUGCCAGCACGGCUCGUGCCACCCGCGGAGCGGCGCGUGUCGCUGCGAGCCUGGCUGGUGGGGCGCGCAGUGCGCCAGCGCGUGCUACUGCAGCGCCACGUCGCGCUGCGAUCCACAGACGGGCGCGUGCCUGUGCCACGCAGGCUGGUGGGGCCGCAGCUGCAAUAAUCAGUGCGCCUGCAACACGUCGCCAUGCGAGCAACAGAGCGGCCGCUGCCAGUGCCGUGAGCGCACGUUCGGCGCGCGCUGCGAGCGCUACUGCCAGUGCUUCCGUGGCCGCUGCCACCCUGUGGAGGGCACGUGCGCCUGCGAGCCGGGCUACCGGGGCAAGUACUGCCGGGAGCCGUGCCCUGCGGGUUUCUACGGCCUGGGCUGCCGUCGCCGAUGCGGCCAGUGCAAGGGCCAGCAGCCAUGCACCGUGGCAGAAGGCCGCUGCCUGACCUGUGAGCCCGGCUGGAACGGCACGAAGUGUGACCAGCCGUGCGCCACUGGUUUCUACGGCGAGGGCUGUGGCCAUCGCUGCCCGCCGUGUCGCGAUGGGCACGCCUGCAAUCACGUCACUGGCAAGUGCACACGCUGCAACGCGGGCUGGAUCGGCGACCGGUGCGAGACCAAGUGCAGCAAUGGCACUUACGGCGAGGACUGCGCAUUCGUGUGCGCCGACUGCGGCAGCGGCCACUGCGACUUCCAGUCGGGGCGUUGCUUGUGCAGACCUGGCGUCCACGGGCCCCACUGUAACCUGACGUGCCCGCCGGGGCUCCACGGCGUGGACUGCGCACAGGCCUGCAGCUGCCAUGAGGAUUCUUGCGACCCGGUCACCGGUGCUUGCCGUCUGGAGACCAACCAGCGCAAGGGAGUGAUGGGCGCAGGCGCACUGCUCGCCCUGCUCCUCGGUCUGCUGCUCUCGCUGCUCGGCUGCUGCUGCGCCUGCCGCGGCAAGGACACAGCGCGCGGGGAGCUCUCGCUUGGGCGGAAAAAGGCGCCACAACGACUGUGCGGGCGCUUCAGCCGAAUCAGCAUGAAACUGCCCCGGAUCCCGCUACGCAGGCAGAAGCUCCCCAAAGUCGUAGUGGCCCAUCACGACCUGGACAACACGCUCAACUGUAGCUUCCUGGAACCACCCUCAGGGCUAGAGCAGCCCUCACCAUCAUGGUCCUCCCGGGCCUCCUUCUCCUCCUUUGACACCACUGAUGAAGGCCCCGUGUACUGUGUACCCCACGAGGAGGCGGCAACCGAGAGCCGGGACUUGGAGGUCCCCACCGCCCCUGCUGAGGCACAGGCGCCAUCUCCUGCGCUGGUGUCCUCGGAGGAGGCAACGCCCCUCCCCGCGUCCUCUGAUAGCGAGCGGUCAGCGUCCAGCGUGGAGGGGCCUGGCGGGGCACUGUACGCACGCGUGGCCCGGCGCGAGGCCCGGCCGGCCCGGGCCCGGGGAGAGGCUGGGGGCCUGUCGCUUUCGCCAUCUCCCGAGCGCAGGAAACCGCCGCCACCCGACCCCGCCACCAAGCCCAAGGUGUCCUGGAUUCACGGCAAGCACGGCGCCGCCGCCGCUGCCCGUGCACCCUCACCGGCACCCCCGGGCCCCGAAGCGGCACCCAGCCCCAGCAAGAGGAAACGGACGCCCAGCGACACGUCUGCGCGACCGGACGAGCCUGGCAGCCCCCGGGCCCGUGACCCAACUCCACGGUCCCCGGGGCUGGCUGAAGAGGGGACAGCCCAAGCGGCGCCCUCACCGCCCCGGGCUCGGGCGCGGGGUCGCGGCCCUGGCCUCUUGGAGCCCACGGACGCUGGCGGUCCCCCGCGCAGCGCGCCAGAGGCCGCCUCCAUGCUUGCCGCGGAGCUACGCGACAAGACUCGCAGCCUGGGCCGCGCCGAGGGGCCCCCGGGCGCACAGGGCCCCAGGGAGAAGCCAGCGCCUCCGCAGAAGGCCAAGCGCUCGGUUCUGCCCGCCUCACCGGCCCGCGCGCCCCCAGCGCCCGAGGCCCCAGGGCCCGAGAAGAUGGCGGCCAGCGCGCCGGUGCCCGACACCCCCCGGAAGAAGACCCCCAUCCAGAAGCCACCGCGCAAGAAGAGCCGGGAAGCCGGGGGCGAGUUGGGCAGGGCAGGUGCACCCACUCUGUAGCAGGCGGCGGCCGGCCGCGCCCGCAGCUUCCCUUGGCUUCGCAGCGCUGCUUGCCCCCUUGCGUUGCGCGCCUGGUGGGCGCCUCCCGCGGCUGCCUGCGCGCGGUAGCCUUGCGCAGGCCGAGGCCCGAGCGGCAGGGAGGGAGGCUGCGUCUUAUUGGCUCAGGCCUAGACUGCGGCUCUCUGAUUGGAGCUCCCGCUUCGGCGGGAAGUCCCUAUUCCAUUGGUCGAAGCCUGACAGGCUCUUAGCUGGCGACUCCCUUCCUAUAGACCCAGUUUUGGAGGGUUCCCGCCAGCCAGGGUCUCAAAGGCCAGGACUGGCGGAUUCUACCUAGAGACCACCUCCUACUAGCCAAGUGUGCGUUUGUCUGGGGCUGCCUUCUCACUGGCUGAGGCCAGAAGCACUUCUGCUCUCGCUGCCUCUUAUUGGCCAGGGCCUGGCGCCUCUGGCUGGAGUCUCCUUUUCUUGACCACAGUCCCAGGCUACUUCCACUGGCCGCGACCCAGGGCAUCUGGUUGACCUGAGCCUGGGGAGGAGGGCUGGUCUCUGCUCCUCAGGGGGCUCUGCACCCUGGGCUCGGCUUUUCCCACCUUCCCCCUCCUUGUGCCCCUUGCCCCAGCUUCCCCAGGCCCUAGCCCCUCAGCUGUCAGCUGGUUUUGAUGGCCUCCCACCACCCCACACACUGGUGGGAAUCCGAGGGGCACUCCAGUAGCCUGAAGAGACAUAUUUAUAGGCCCCCGGCAGGGCUGCUUCUACCCCAUCCGGGUGCCCCAGGAUGGGCUCCUCCGGCAGGGGCUUGGCCAAAGCUUUCUUAAUAAAGUGCCUUUUCCCCCCUGUGCUC